UAACACAAGAAAGCUACUGAACAAAUGCCUUUGAGUCUCGUAUUUGUAAAUGUGCAUUAAUAGGUCUCGUUUGAAUGACCCGCCCGUUCUCCUCGUACUCCCUCUAGAAAAUAGAUGACAGGUGGUAGCACCUAUUGUUGCUCGUAGUCGUUGUGACAAUCCCGGCGGUCUCGGCCGUCUCGGCAUGACUUCCCAUCAGCUCACGGAGGGAAGGCUCGCCGUGAGAGAAGCUGUGAAGGCAGCGGUUGCUGAAGAGAUGACAAUCCUGAAAUACAGGUUCAAGUUCCUCCCCGACGAUCUGCUUCGCGGCAGGGCUCUAAAGAAUCUGGGCAUACCGAGCCUUCCGAGCCGUUUCGACGGUCGUCCGAAGAUAGCAUGGGCCAGGAUCGGACCCUACUUCCGUCAACGAGUUCGCUCCAAACCCACCGACCACUCUGUGGUCCCUUCGUACGAAGGGCCGCGCAAGUUCUUCAAGGUUUCCUUGCCACGGCCGCCCGGGGUUCAGUGUCUCCAUGGCGCACCCAGGCGGAUAAGGGUGACGGUGACAGGCGCCUCGACUGAGGCCCCAUCGGAUGAAAAUGAACGUCCUUCUGCUCUAAGUAGUCAUGAAGUUUUUGACAGUGAGUCCUCUCUAAAUGACGAUGAUGAUGAGUUCACUGUUCCGCGGAAAAGCCGGUCCAGUCAUUCAUUUCAAUUUCAAGAUGAAGAUGAACGUCCUUCUGCUCAAAGUAGUCAUGAAGUUUUUGACAGUGAGUCCUCUCUAAAUGACGAUGAUGAUGAGUUCACUGUUCCGCGGGUAUGCAGGUCCAGUGAUGCAUCUCAAUCAAAAGAUGAAAACAAACGUCCUUCUGCUCAAAGAAGUCAUGAAAUUUUUGACAGUGAGUCCUCUCUAAAUGACGAUGAUGAUGAGUUCACUGUUUUGCGGAAAAGCAUGUCCAGUGAUUCAUCUCAAUUUGAAGAUGAAGAUAAACGGCCUUCUGCUCAAAGUAGUCAUCAAGUUUCUGACAGUGAGUCCUCUCUAAAUGACGAUGAUGAUGAGUUCACUGUUCUGCGGAAAAGCAGGUCCCGUGAUUCAUCUCAAUUUCGCAAGUUGCCAUCUUUAUGACUAUACUCUUAAAUUUGAGAGAGAGUACAAUGGGAAACCAUAUCACAAAGGCUGGAGAUGUUCAUCCUACGCACAACUAUUUUGAUAUGGCUACAUAUAUCAAGCAUAAAAUUAUACUCCAAAUACAAUGCUGGUGGCGUAGUAUUAAUCAAGUAAAACGGAUUUAUGAUUUAAACAACCAUGAACGUAUUUGUUUAAUUGACUAUUUGUACAUUUAUGUCUGUAGACUAUGUUGCAAAUUAAAAUUUUUGUUUAGUAAUGAAUAAUGCAUAAUUGCAAACUAGGUACUGCUUACAUCAUCAACUAUGAUUUUCUACAAUGAUAAUAAAAGUACACCCACAU